AUGACUACCUCAUCAGAUGCGAGCGUCAAUGCCGGUACGGGUGGCGAGAAUCGCCCGAAGAAACAAAUUAUCCUGAAUGCUUUUGAUAUGUCCACUGUUGGCCAUAUGGCCCCUGGUCAAUGGAAGGAUCCCGAGGAUAGGUCAGCUUUCAAGCGAGAUCUGACUUACUGGACAGACCUAGCCAAGAUCCUGGACAAAGGUGGCAUAAACGCGUUGUUCCUAGCAGACACAUAUGGCGGAUAUGAUACGUAUGAGGGCAGCUUGGACAAUUGCAUUCGCCGAGCGGCACAAUGGCCCAUGACUGACCCUACGAUUCCCAUCAGUGCCAUGGCCGCUGUGACCAAGAAUUUAUCUUUUGCUAUCACGGCCUCAACAUCUUUUGAGCCCCCUUUUCUACUAGCUAAGAGAUUAUCAACCCUCGAUCAUUUCACAAGGGGUCGUGUAGGUUGGAAUAUCGUCACAUCCUGGAAGAAGGCCGCUUUCAAGGCCAUUGGGUUAGACAACCCAAUCGAGCACGAUGAACGAUACGCUCAGGCUGAUGAAUACCUUCGUGUGUUAUACAAGCUCUGGGAAGGCUCUUGGGCAGAUGACGCCAUCAUUGCCAACCGUGAAACUGAUGAAUACGCCGAUCCGGAUAAGAUCCGUACCAUCCGCCAUCAUGGAAAGUACUACAACGUCGAUAGCCGACAUAUCGUAGAUCCUUCUCCACAAAGAACGCCUUUCCUCUUCCAGGCCGGCACAUCUUCUGCAGGGUCAGCCUUUGGAGCCACGCAUGCAGAGGGCAUCUUUGUCUCUUCCCAUUCGCCAUCAGUCCUGAGGCCCAAGAUCCAAGCCAUCCGGAAACAAGCAGCGGAACUUGGCCGAGACCCCCAAUCGCUCAAGUUCUUUGCAACCUUCACACCAAUCAUCGGGCGUACUGAAGAGGAAGCCCAGGAGAAGCUGGCGCGAGCGCAGAAGCAUGCUUCGACAAUAGGCGGGCUCGUCUUGGUAAGCGGUUGGACGGGUAUCGACCUUUCCAAGAUCCCGUUGGAGCAAGAACUCAGCGCGUCCGAUUCUUUGGAAGCCCACAAAGUACGCAGUGUUCUCGACUCCUUCACCACUACCAGCAAGGAGAUUCCAAAGUGGACGCCGAGAGUGAUUGCCGAAAAGGCAUCCAUCGGAGGUCUUGCCUCCGUAUCUGUGGGCACGGCCGCAACUGUGGCAGAUGAGAUGGAACGGUGGAUUAAUGAGGGUGAUCUUGAUGGGUUCAACGUGGCAUAUGUCACUACUCCCGGCACGUUCGAGGAUGUAGUGGAGCUACUUGUUCCUGAACUGAGGCGUCGUGGUCUGUACCCCGAGGCGCGGUCUGAGGAAGAAUCCGGUCUCACUUUGAGGGAGAGCGUGUAUGGGAAAGGUCAAGCGGGCUUGCGAAGCGAUCAUCCUGGCUCGCAAUACAAGUACGAUGUGUACAAAGAAGAGUGA